CAAACAUCAAAAUCCCAAAUAUGAGAUUAUUCUCGCUUUAGUACCUUUCAGAGAGCCAAAGCAAGGCAUAAAUUUUUUUGUGGGGCCUGUUAUCAGAAGGCCACUGAGUCUCAGUUUUGUGAUCUCGCCAACAAGACACUUUCAGAAACCAAAAAGAUGGCGCUGAGCAACAAUGUGAUCGGAGCCAUCAACUUCAUCGCCGUGCUCCUCUCGAUCCCAAUCAUCGCCGCUGGAAUCUGGCUAACGACAGAGCCAGCCGAUUCCUGCGUCAAGAUUCUGCAAUGGCCGGUGAUCAUACUGGGUGUACUCAUAUUACUGGUGGCUCUAGCUGGAUUCAUCGGAGCCCUUUGGAGAAUCCCGAGACUCCUUAUUUUCUAUCUCGUCGCUAUGCUUGUUCUGAUUAUUUUGCUGCUUUGCUUGGUGGUUUUUGUGUAUAUGGUCACACUGAGAGGUCACGGCGACGCGGAACCCAAUCGUGCUUACCUGGAAUAUCAUCUCGAUGACUUCUCUCUGUGGCUUCGUCGACGAGUUAGAAGCUCCAUCAAGUGGGAUCACAUCAGAAGGUGUCUCAGUUCCACAAAUAUGUGCGCUGAUUUGAACCAACGUUACAGAAUUGCUCAAGACUUCUUUAAUGCACAUCUAGCCCCCCUGCAGUCAGGGUGCUGUAAGCCGCCGACGAAAUGUGGAUACCAGUUCGUGAAUCCAACGUAUUGGAUAAGUCCGAGUACAGGAAGUGACGAGGAUUGCUCGAAAUGGAGCAACGACCAAACACAAUUAUGCUACGAUUGCGACGCGUGCAAGGCUGGUUUGCUGGCAGAUUUGAGGAAGGAAUGGAGGGGGGCGAAUCUGAUAUUGGUGAUUACUUUGGUUGCUUUGAUUGUUGUUUAUGUGAUAGGGCUUUGUGCCUUUAGGAACGCCAAAACUGAGGAGCUUUUUCGCAAGUACAGGCAAGGCUACACCUGAACAAUAUCCGCUGUAUAUGUCCUCUGUGAAUCGUCAGUAGAUUAAUUACUAGUGCUGUUGUAUGAAUAUCCCUUUCUCAUUUGUGAACUUAAUUUGAUUGUUUUUC